AAUCUUAGCUUAUGAGAACCUGUAUACUGAAUGUGUAAACUGGAAGCUUAUUCUAUAUUUCAUGAACACCAAUCAUGGAGGAAACAUAUUUGGCAAAUGUUGAAGGCAUUAAAAAGACAAUCCUCCAUGGAGGAACUGGUGAGCUACCAAAAUUUCUCACAGGAUCCAAAGUCACAUUUCAUUUUCGGACUAUAAAAUGUGACGGAGACCGAACAGUGAUCGAUGACAGUAAGCAAGUUGGCAGACCAAUGGAAAUAAUUUUCGGCAAUAUGUUUAAACUGGAAGUUUGGGAAAUGUUACUAUCAUCCAUGCGGAUUGGAGAGGUUGCUGAAUUCUGGUGUGAUGUCAUUCACACUGGUCUGUAUCCAAUUGUAGCAAAGAGUCUGCGUAUGAUUGUAGAAGGAAAGGACCCGACAGAUUGGCAUGUUCAUACCUGUGGCCUUGCCAAUAUGUUUGCCUAUCACAGCCUGGGAUACAAUGAUUUGGAUGAAUUGCAAAAAGAACCUCAGCCACUUAUCUUUGUAAUGGAGCUGUUAAAGAUUGAGUCUCCGAGCUCUUACAAACGAGAAACAUGGGCCAUGAACGAUGACGAGAAACUUAAAGCUGUGCCACUUCUCCAUGGAACGGGGAACAGACUGUACAAACUCGGCAGGUAUCAAGAUGCAUUGGCAAAGUAUCGCGAGGCAGUCAUCUGCUUAAAGAACCUCCAAGUAAAGCAAAAACCCUGGGAAGUUCAAUGGCUCAAACUGGAGAAGAUGAUAGUCACAUUAGUUCUGAAUUACUGUCAAUGUCUUUUGAAAAUGGAAGAAUACUAUGAAGUGUUGGAGCAAACAACAGACAUCCUCAACAAUCAUCCAGGGAACGUAAAAGCUUACUUUCUAAGGGGAAAAGCUCACGCAGAAGUAUGGAACCAAGCAGAGGCCACAGCUGACUUUGAAAAGGUUUUAGAAUAUGACAGUGGAAUGACCAAGGCAGUGAGAAAGGAACUACAGAUCCUUGACUCCAGAAUGAGAGAUAAGGAAGAGGAAGAGAAGCUACAAUUUAAGCGAAUGUUUCACAAACGGAUUUGACGUAUCUGUGAUCAGCAAAUGAUUACGAUGCAUCAUUGUAAUCAAUGAGAUAUUACAGACAGUAGUUUACAUAUUUUUUGGGUGGGCUUUCCUUAAAGGCACUGCUUGUCUUGUAUAAGAUAAUCUUGAAAUAUGGCAAAUUAAUGUAAAUGUAACAGUAAAUCUUGUAUGAAGUAAUUUGAAAAAUAAUUACAGAGUGAAGUGUUACUGACAAGAAUUAUAGCAGACAAGAAUGUCUGGGCUACUUUGGGCAUUUGCCAAGGGAUCACACAAUAGUUCCCAUCCAAGAAAUCACCUUGUAAAUUGUUCCUUAAGCUCCUGUAAACCAGACUUCAGUCUUUGGAAAAUUAAGUAGAAUAAGCAGGAUAUUAAUAUUAUUCAGAAAACUGCAUUUGAUAACUGUGUGAAAAGCAUCAAUAAAUAUCGACGUGUCUCCAUCACAUUUAAUGGGUCAUGUAAUUUGACCUCUUGUUAUGAAACAUAAAAACAUAAAAAAUAGCGGCAGAGGUAAGUUAUUGGUCCCCUCAAGCCUAUUCUGCCCUUCAUUAUGGUCAUGGCUGAUCGUCCAACUCAAUAACCUGUUCGUGUUUUUUUCCCCAUAUCUUUUGCUGUCUUCAGCUCCAAGUGCUAUCUCCAAUUCCUUCUUGAAAUCAGACAAUGUUGUGGCCUCAAAUGCUGUCUGUGGUAGCAAAGUCCACAAGCUGUCUACACUACAGGAAAAGAAAUUUCUCCUCAUCUCAUUCUUAAAUGGUUAUCCUGUAUUCUUGGAAUGUGAUCACUGGUUCUGAACUUCCCUGCCAUUGAGAACAGCUACCUGAUGAAGGAGGAACACUCUGAAAGCUUGUGCUACCAAAUAAACCUGUUGGAUUAUAA